AUGUCUAUGGGUGCCCUGGAGAAAUCCCCCAGCACCAACAAUUCGAUGCAGCGUUUUAAGGUUUGUCGGCUGAAUGAUGAUGGUAAAUGGGAUGACCAAGGAACUGGGCAUGUUAUUGUUGAUUAUUUAGAGAGAUCGGAAGAGUUAGGUUUAUUUGUUAUUGAUGAAGAAGAUAAUGAAAUAUUACUUUUGCACCGGAUAAGCUCAGAUGACAUCUACCGCAAACAAGAAGAUACAAUCAUUUCUUGGAGGGAUCCUGAGUAUGCAACAGAAUUGGCCUUUAGCUUUCAAGAAACAACUGGUUGCUCUUACAUUUGGGACAACAUAUGUAAUGUGCAAAGGAACAUGCACUUUAAUACCUUGAGCAACGAGACAUACCAUAACGUCAAUAGUGAAUUGCGGGAGUUGCCUCCAGUUGAGCUGUCUACACUACCUUUAAUACUAAAGAUUAUAGUUGGAAGUGGGAUUGCUGAUCAGUUGCGUGUUACAGAUCUCAUACUACAUGAUCUAGAAUUUAUUAGGAAGCUCAUGGAUCUCUUCAGGAUUUGUGAAGAUUUGGAAAACAUUGAUGGCCUUCACAUGGUUUUCAAACUAGUCCGAGGAAUUAUUUUGCUGAAUAGCACGCAGAUCUAUGAUAUAAUUUUGGAGGCCAUACCUAUUAAGGAUCCCGUGGCUCUUUCAAAAAUUCAUCAGACGUACAGAGUUGGUUAUCUCAAGGAUGUCAUUCAGCCUAUAGUAUUGGACGAGGCUACGGUUGCAAGCCUUAAUUCCAUAAUUCAUUCAAACAAUGCAACUGUUGUCUCAUUGUUAAAGGAUGGCAACACCUUCAUUCAAGAAUUAUUUGCAAGAUUGAAGUCAUGUUCAACUUCUGCAGAAUCAAAAAAAAAUUUGGUACUCUUCUUGCAUGAGAUUUGUUCCCUAAGUAAGAGCUUACAGAUAGUGCAGCAACUUCGGCUAUAUCGGGAUCUGAUUAAAGAAAACAUACUUGAGAUCAUAACUGAUAUCCUGCAGAGUCAAGAUAAAAAGCUCAUAUUAACUGGGACUGACAUCCUCAUUCUUUUCUUAAAUCAGGAUCCAAACCUUUUGCGUUUUUAUGUAACUCGGCAAGAAGGGAUCCCUCUUUUUGGGCUUUUAGUGAAGGGUAUGCUCACAGAUUUUGGAGCUGACAUGCAUUGUCAAUUUCUUCAAAUUCUUCAUAAUCUUUUGGAUUCGUAUACAUCAGGAUCACAGAGAGAGUCUAUCAUCGACAUCUUCUAUGAGAAGCACUUGGAUCAUUUGAUUGAUGUCAUAACAUCCUCAUGCCCACCUAAUAGCGCUGCUCAAGCUGGCAGUAAAUCUGGGAGAUCAGAUGAAGAAACUGGAAAUCAAAUUAGUGCCAAGCCAGAAAUAUUAUUAAACAUUUGUGAUCUGCUCUGCUUUUGCGUUUUGCACCACCCGUGUAGAAUAAAAUGCAACUUUCUUCUCAAUAGUGUGAUUGAUAAAGUUUUGCUUCUGACACACCGAAGAGAAAAGUACCUCGUAGUAGCUGCUGCUAGAUUUAUUAGAACUCUUAUUUCACGCAAUGAUGAACAUCUGUUGUCUCAUAUUGUGAAGAAUAACCUGUUGAAACCAAUUGUUGAUGCUUUUGUUAGUAAUGGCAGUCGUUAUAAUCUGCUCAAUUCUGCCGUUCUGGAACUUUUCGAGUAUAUCAGAAAGGAGAACCUGAAGAUAUUGUUGAAGUACUUAGUUGAUUCUUUCUGGGAACAGUUAGCCCAAUUUGAUAAUUUGCCAUCAAUACGUUCGCUGAAGGUUAAAUAUGAACAGGCACUUGAAAGCGCUGGAUUGAGAAGUAACACUAAUGUGUUAGACUCCAGAAAACGAAUUGACGAUCGUGCUCUUGAGAAGGAAGAGGAAGAUUAUUUCAAUGACGAUAGUGAUGAAGAAGAUUCAGCAUCAGCAUCUAUGCCAAGUAGAAAGAGAGAACAAUCCCAACACAAUUUGCCUAAUGGUUCUACUACAACCUAUCCUUCUACAAGGUCUGGUGGGCUAGUUGACUAUGAAGAUGAUGAAGAUUACAAACCACCAUCGAGAAAACCGGCAGAUAAUUCUGGUGAAGAUGAUGAAGUAGAAUCAUUCCGGUUGCAGCGAUCACAUAAAAGCUCAAAGCCAAAUGAAGGUGUAUUUGUUGCCUUGUGCUCAACCCUAAGUCAAGCUGUAUUACCCGGUAAGAAAACAAUCAGCACUGCUGUGACGGUCCCACCUCCUUCUAGGGCAUACCCUAGAAGUUAG